CACUAUUCCGGAUUCUACACACGCGGGCUUGCCAGAAUAAUAAUGCGAGAUACAUAUAUAUAUAUAUGUUUAACGGGAUGUUGUACAAUUGGUUGGAGCCUUUCACAUUUUGGUCGACACGAAUCUGCUCCGACGAUCUCGGAUCUCGUGUCACGAUGACAGGACUAGAAAGCGGUCUUUCUUUAUUGCGUCCCGGGACAGAGUCAUAUUUGAGAAACACGCCCGACAGUCAAAUUACAAUCUCUAUAUUAAAUAUGUAGUCUAAUAAAUGUGCCAAUCGAGUUCGCGACAACAUCUGUUAUUUCGCAAAUUACAGCAUAAUCUACUUCCUGAGACCUUCGAGAGAUCCUCGAUAAAUUUGCGUAAUAGUGUGUCGUCGAUCGCGAUACUCGCUGCUAUGCAGACACUGCUGAAUGAUUCAUAAACGCAGAAAAAAUUAUCAAAUUUUAUACAUAUAUACACUUUAAAUUUAUAUAUUUAAUUUAAAAAAAAUAUUUAUAUAUAUAUACAAUAUUAAAUAUAUAUUAAGAAAUAUGAAUGGUACCAAAAAUAACACAGUGCGAGUGGUGUUUAUAUCUUUGUUGCUGGAUCUGCUAGCGUUUACAAUGAUAUUGCCGCUGUUGCCAGCUCUAUUGGAUCAUUACAAAGAGAUAGAAAAUGGACGUGGAUUAUACUCUAGCACUUUGAGCUAUAUAAAGAGCAUACAAGUAUUCUUUGAUGCGCCAGAUAAAGUCAGUACAGUUCUUUAUGGAGGUUUCCUAGGCUCUAUGUACUCUUUCUUGCAAUUUCUUGGAUCGCCAAUCAUAGGAGCUUUAUCUGAUAUUUAUGGACGAAAACCUCUAAUGCUUUUAUGUCUAAUAGGCAUUUCACUCUCGUAUCUUUUAUGGGCAUUCUCCACAAAUUUUGGUAUAUUUGUAUUGGCGAGAUUUGUGGGUGGUAUCAGUAAAGGAAACAUCAGUCUGUCAAUGGCUAUUAUCAGCGAUGUGACUUCCCCAGAAACAAGAGGAAAGGCAAUGGCGCUUGUGGGAAUAGCCUUCUCCAUAGGUUUUGUGGUAGGGCCAAUGAUAGGGGCGUUUUUCGCUUGGAUCUCGAGUGGUAAUAGGGAAGGCACAUGGUACGUGAUACCGGCCUUGUUUGCAUUCUUCCUGGCUUUAAGUGACUUAUUUUUCGUUGCUUACUAUCUCAAAGAGAGUCUACAAUUAAAACACAGAGCGACCACUUUAGCGAAAGGACUAUCUGGGGCAAUUUCAUACAUUAAUCCUAUAGAUCUUUUACAAUUUAAUGGAGUGUCCAUCUUGAGUCAUCAAGACCGACAAGAUUUAAAAAUAUUGGGUCGAGCAUAUUUUAUAUAUCUAUUUAUCUACAGCGGUUUGGAAUUCACUCUGACAUUCCUGACACAUCAUACAUUCGGAUUUACGAGUAUGCAACAGGGCUGGAUGUUUCUCGGAAUUGGACUGACCAUGGCAUUCUUACAGGGUGGUUGGGUGCGACAUAUCCCCCCAAAUAGAACAAAAGCAAUCAGCGAACUGGGUUUGUGGCUAAUAAUUCCCGCAUUUAUAUGCAUCGGUGUCGCUACCGGUGUACCGGUUUUGUUUGCCGGAAUUUUUCUUUUCGCAGUUUCCACUGCCAUGGUUGUUACUUGUAUGAUGACUCUAGUGACGCGUAUUGGACCUGAACAUCAAAAAGGCGUAAUUACUGGUACAUUCCGUUCUCUCGGUGCGUUGGCUCGCGCUUGUGGACCUAUCGUUGCAUCUUCAGCAUUUUGGUGCAUUGGAAGUACCUCGACCUAUCUAAUCGGCGCUCUAUUUCUCACGCUACCGCCGCUCAUUUUGCACGGCAUGCGUGCUUUAUGAUAUUUGAUACGGUCAAAUAUUAUCUUAUAAUCGGUCUUUUUACUUUAAACAACUACUCGAUCAACAGUAUUUUUAUAUUUUUAAUUUUUAUUAUAUAUUAUUGCCUUUGCUGCCUUUUAAAGAUAAUAUGUAGAAGCUUUAUACUUUAUAUAAUAGUAAUAUAUGAAAGUGUAAUAAUUGCUGUUAGAUAGUUAAUGUACACACUUACAUCACAC